AUGGAUGAGAUUGCCCCAGAGUACGACGUUGUAGUGCUCGGCACUGGUUUGACCGAGUGUGUGCUGUCGGGUGUUCUGAGUGUCAAGGGUAACAAGGUCCUCCAUAUCGACCGAAAUGACCACUACGGAGGCGAGGCCGCUUCCGUGAACAUUGAAACCCUCUUCAAGAAGUACGGCAACGUCCAGCCCGGCGAAGAGCCUUGGAAGAAGUAUGGACGAGUGCACGACUGGAACAUCGACCUCGUCCCUAAGCUUCUGAUGGCCAACGGGGAGCUGACGAACAUCCUUGUCUCCACCGAUGUCACUCGAUACCUCGAAUUCAAGCAGAUCGCCGGUAGCUACGUUCAGCAGGGCAAGGGCUCUAAGGCGACCGUGGCCAAGGUUCCCUCCGAUGCGGGUGAAGCUUUGCGGUCGUCCCUGAUGGGCCUGUUCGAGAAGCGACGGGCUAAGAAGUUCCUCGAAUGGGUUGGCGAGUUUAAGGAGGACGACCCUGCCACUCACCAAGGUAUCAACGUCAAGGCCUGCACUAUGAAGGACGUCUACGAUAAGUUUGGUCUCGAGGAGAACACUCGUGAUUUCGUUGGUCACUCCAUGGCCCUUUACCCCUCAGAUGAAUACAUUAACGCCCCUGGCGUUGCCGUUGACGCUAUCAAUCGUAUUCGCCUCUACGUCAACUCCAUGGCUCGCUACGGGAAAUCGCCGUACAUCUACCCCCUGUACGGUCUGGGUGAGCUUCCUCAGGGGUUUGCUCGUCUUUCGGCUAUCUACGGCGGUACUUACAUGCUGAACACCGAUGUUGAUGAGGUGCUCUACGAGGAUGGGAAGGUCUCCGGCAUUAAGGCCACCAUGAAGGACCCUCAUGAGCAAUCCGAAGUCAUGAAGUUCGAGACCAAGACCAAGAAGAUCAUCGCCGAUCCCUCUUACUUUCCCAACAAGGUCAAGGUUACCGGAUACCUGCUCAAGGCAAUCUGUAUCUUGAAGCACCCGGUUGAUAAGACUGACGGCAGUGACUCUCUGCAACUCAUCAUCCCCCAAUCCCAGGUUGGACGCAAACACGACAUCUACAUUGCCGUUGUCUCAUCGGCCCAUAACGUCUGCCCUAAAGGUUACUACAUCGCCAUUGUCUCGACUAUCGCUGAGAACGAUGCCAACCACCAUAUGGAGCUCGAGCCGGGCUUUGAGCGCCUCGGCGUUAUUGAGGAGAAAUUCAUGGGAGCUCCUAUUCCCCUUUACGAGCCUCUGGAGAGCGGCGCCAACGACAACAUCUUCAUCUCCAAGAGCUAUGAUGCUACUUCGCACUUCGAAACCACAACCACCGAUGUGCGAGAUAUCUACCGCCGUGCCACCGGCGAAGAGCUGGUCGUCGAGGGUCUCCGUGAAGACCAGCAGCUUGCUCAGGAGUAG